AUGCCGGCCGCCCUUUCGACGGCAGCCCGUCCACGGAAAUGGCGUCGCACGCACGGUCUGCAGCUGCCGCUGCAUCCCCUUCAACUUGCCGGAUGGUUUGCUAUUCUGUUAUCAGCGCUCGCAACAUUUCUGGUGUUGAUACCCGCACUGUCGACAGAAAUCCGACAGCCCAUAUCGGCCUUAGUAUCGAUACUUUUUGCCACUCAUGCAGUGUCGCAUUUAGCAGCGUUGCUGAUUGACCCCGCGGAUCCCGGUUUACGAAGAAAGGAGAACAGGCAACGCAGGCAAAGAGUUCCCGAUUUUGAUCGGGAAAAAUACGCCCACGUCAUUGAAGACGGCAGAUGCCAUCUAUGUGAAAUCAGGACGGCAGAUGCGCGAACUAAGCACUGUAGCUCCUGCAACAAGUGCGUCGCGAAAUUUGACCACCAUUGCAAAUGGUUGAAUCAUUGCGUGGGCGGCAAGAACUACACGGCAUUCCUCGCGUGCGUCUUAAGCGCCAUGAUGACAGCUGUUGUGGUGCUCGGCAUAGCGCUCGCGGAGCUAGUGGUCAAGUUACAAUCACAGCAAACCACCGAUGAUUUUAACUCAACCGAAGCAGUGAUCAACUUCACAUCAGCCACCAUAAAUCAAAGUGAAGAAAUUAUUGAUAUACCAGAUACCGGCUUCGUACUUAUUGUUGCUACGUUGGGACUAUUGGCAGCAGUUGCUGCUGGAUUACUGCUUCACCUCUGCUGCUUUCACGUGUACAUCUCACUUCUUGGACUGACAACUUACGAAUAUGUCAGAGGUUACAGGCGUGAAACUCCUGAAGUUCCAACACCAACACCCGAAAGUACUGCUAGCAGCUUGACAUCAACUAACCAGACAACGACAAAGUUAUAUUUUUGUACUGGAGACAAAGUUGCCGAUAAUGGAACUGAAAUUCGCAGGCGCCCGUCCACUUUAUAUUGCUGCGAAGAAACUACUACGUUAGAAUACAGGCGGAAAAUGUUUUACGUUUGCCAAGUGAAGAACACACCAAAUGAUGCACCAAUUGUUCAAAACGCUGUACUACAAGACACUGCGGCUACUGCGACGGCCGACCGGUGUUCUUGUUGCACUAUCGCCAACACGAAGCAUUCUCCUCCUAGUCUGAAAUCUAUUGGCAAACACCAUAGAUGGCGGCGAAAAUGGACCUGUUGUGGAACUUUGACUACCAGUCCGGAAACGCCUGAUGAUGCGGGAGUUACUAUAUCUACAAUUACCGGUUCUCUAGUAACUAUGAAUAAUGACGAACCAGGAAUAGGUUUGCAACAAAACGGUGUGCCAAGAAAAUCGAUACGUCCUGCGAUAAGACUGAGGCAUUUCUUUAGAAUAGUUAGCAGAUUUGGAAGAAAAAGAAGAAGAUUGGGAAAAGGUGUUGUUGUAAUGCCUAAUCAGGUUGAACCUGAAAUAAUAACAGAGCCUGUUGUUGAGGAACCAGAGGAUGUAAAUCCUCCGGAAUCGAUUCUACCUGCUCUGAUGACGGGAUCACCACCAGCGCCUCCGCCUCCUGUUAGAAGAAGACUGGCAGAUCCAGAUGAACUGCAACGAUUAGCGGAGACUUUGGCAUCAAUUCAAUUGCCACCAGCGACAGCUGUUCAGCUUCAGCAGCGCAGAAAGGUGAGAAGAAAGAGGCCGCUACUUCAGGCUAGAAGUCCAGCGUUGUCACCAAUUCAUGAGUCUGGGCUGUCGAAUCCUGCUUCACCACAAACAAGCAGACACUAUUUACCACCAAUAUAG